AUGAACCCCCAGGAGUUGACGACGGCGUAUGUCCAGCGGCUCGUCCACCUGCUCGUGCUGCUGAGCUUGGGCGAUGCCUACACGGCGCUGGUCGCCUCCGACAUGCUGCUGUAUUUGCUCGAGCUGAGCCAGCAGUCGCAGUUCUACGACCUCGCCACGGUGAUGGCUGAGGUCCAGCAGAGCCUCGUCGCUCGGGGCAAGCGCCUGGAGUGGACACGGCUUCAAAAGCUUAUCCACCAGUUAGUGGAGCUUAAGAGGGACGAAGCCAGCCACGGUAACGCGCUGUCGUUUUCGCCCGAGGAACAGGUGGCGCGGUACCUUGUGUUUAUCCUCUCCUUACCCCAUCAGCCACUGCAACCACUGCGACCUACGUCUUACCAGCCAUCCAACAGCAUUCGUCCGGCACUGCUGUACGCGGAAUCCCUCUCUCGCCGCGGCCUGAGGAUUCACAAGACCCGUUCAGUUUUACUUGGCCAGCCGUCACUGGCGCCAUAUAUACUGAGGUCGCGACUGCCGCAACGUCUAGUAUCAACAUUUGGCUACCCCGGUAGCAGCUACGGUCAGUAUGACUCCGCUGGCUCGAUGGAAGACGAAUAUGGCAGCAAUGACCCUGACUAUACUCCGAUGGGGCCUGAGGAUGUCAAGACGCUCCAGCACACGCUAUUAGGCCACGAUACCCGACUCAUAUACUUCAACAACGAAGAAGCCCUGGCGGCAUUCCGGAAGAAGUUUACCGUGGGGAACCUGCGAAUGUUGGCGCUGAUCGUGGAGGCAGCAGUGUUGUACAAGCUGUUAGUAGUUAAUUGCACUGUGAACCGGGGCCAAAUGGAUUCUCCAAUCAAAACAGCAUUUUUGUCGGCCAGUGAAGACUACUUGAACAAGUAUCUGACAUUUAUCGAUGAGCUCUUUGCAACCGGCACCGCCAUUCAGGGGCCGCCCACCACCGUCAUCGGGGUCUACGGGCCCGUGAUGUCGCAGAUCUAUGCUCUUCGGCUACUACACGGACUUGUGGGCCUGCUUGACGUCAACGGUUACACCUUCCUCUCACGGGUGGAUGAGCUCUCCAAGUUUGGCGACCGACGCAUCAAGGAGUUGUGUCUGGACUUAUUUCAUAGCAUUGUUUCCCCCUACUAUGACGUGCUAGAUCACUGGAUUCUUGACGGUAAUUUAACCGACGAUCUGCAGGAGUUCUUCAUCACAAUUAACGAUGAUGCCACUGAUUUCAAUGACAUAGUUCAUUAUAACGCAAAAAUGAUACCUGCAUUUAUCCCCGCUUCCGUGGGAGCCAAAAUAUACCAGAUUGGUAAGAUGCUUGUAUUCCUCAAGAAGUGCAAGCAGCUACAGUGGUUGGCGGAGUACCGACAAAACUACGACUACAUCAUCAACCAACAGGGUUCAGGGCUUAAAGAUAUGGACAUCAACGAGAUUUCAGAGAUUGUGCUGCGACAGUAUAGUGACUUGCUUCAUGGUCUCACUCUUUUACUCGAAGGCAGCGAAAAUGAUAUGUUUGCCCACAUCACCAACUUCAAGCGGUUCUACCUCACCCAAGCGAGCGAUUUUAUUGAUGCUAUGAUCGUCCUGGGCCCCAAUAUGGUCGACGAUUUGGGCCGAAUUACCACUAACCAGCUAGCCAAGGCUUUACUGGAACUGAUCCGCAUUCUGGGGGUGAAGAACAGCCGCUACCAAAACCGACUUGAAGCAUACAUUUCCGAAGAUACCCCUCAGGGUCUUGGACUCAACGUGUUCUCCAUCGACUACCGCAUCGACGACCUUUGCAUCAACUUCCUUUUCCAAUCACAAAUGCCUCGCUACCGUCUGAUGUGCACGUUUCUCUUACGAGUGCGAGUGGCCGGCUUUGCGCUUGGUCAACACUUUGUCCAAGCCAACGGUAGUGCUUAUCGUGAGAUUGCCAGUGUCAAAAACCUUGCUAUGGCUCGAUGGCUACCUAAGUCGGCACGAGUAGUUGGAUGUAUCCGUCUCAUAAUGGUACAAUUUAUCGACUGGCUUAUUUAUUACCUUCUGUUUGACUUAAUUGAACCAGCAUUCAAGCAAAUGGCAGGCAAGUUUUUUAAAUCUAAGGUGAACACCGCUCAGCCCGAUCUUGACCAGUUGAACCCCAACUUCCUCGCACUGGUGGGCAUCGCUUCGCUGCAAGUUGCUCGUCCUGAUCACGCCAGCCACAACAUGAACGAGCUUACCAUUGACGAGAUCAUUGCCAGUCACCAGGACUACUUGGACCAGCUUCUGUCGAACAAGCUUUUGCUGGACUCCGAUCUCGGCUCCAUAUCGGCGGUCACCUACUCGCAACAGAUCGAAGGGGUGUUGGCGAUUAUCGAGCACUUUAUCCGGGCGCUGGAGGUCUAUUUUGGUAGCUUACUGAGCUAUACGGGGAUGGUGAACCGCUUCGACCCUGAUGACGCCGACGCUCAGAUGGAAGGCGACAUCGCUCUGGUGGAACAAGAGUUGAAAGAGUCAUACGGUCGCAUACAAACUCUCGGAGAGCAGUACCGCCAACAGCAAUUCCAGCUCCAGACAGAUAUGGACCAUGACCCUGGCCUCAACGAGUAUGCCAUGGAGUCCAGAAAAAAAGGAGGAUGA